AUGUCCAUCUACAAGAGUGUGGUAAAUGACCACGGCACAUUCCGAGGCAUGUAUAGCUACUCUAAUGACACGUUGGAUGUAAUUGAGACCCCCAGCUUUGAAAAACCAGGCAGGUCCUCGUUAAGGAAAAUCUUAUUCUGUCUUUCUCCUCGCUCCAGACACCACCACCACCACCGUCUAUCCAGGUCUCCAGGAAUCCACAGAUUCAGAAUUUGGCUCAACAAUAAACCCAUCCUAGCUUUUCCACAACUAUCCACCGAAGACUCCAAGUCUACAGGCCAAGCGUCAGAUAGUUUCCAGUACGAACCGUUCCGAACCGUGCAAGAACAAAGACAGUCUAAAAACAGCCACCUGUUUACAUACAGCACCAGUUUAAGAAGCACGCUUCGACAAUGGAUUCAUCAAAAGAAGGGCCCUGUCCUCAAACAACCGGCUUCCAGCAAGGACUCGCAGGAUUCACAAAACGACCUAGAUCAUAAGAGCGACGGUUACUCUACGUCCACGUUAACUGAUUACGAUGACGACGCCAGCGAGGGCAAAAUCAAACGUUCCAAGGGAAGUAAGUCCAACUUGAACUUGACGGACUUCUACUCGCCUAACGUCCUGUUUGACGGUCCGACGGCCAUCAUACAGUAG